ACACACAGGAAGCAGAUGACGUCAGUAGCUCAGCGUAUGAAUGCUAAUCGAGAGGCUCGUAAACGUGGUGGUGGUAUGACCCGAACCUUCUCCCCCCUCACUCCUAUCAUACAGCGCCUCUACAGCAAGUCAGAUGAGGCUGAUAGCAAGAGUGAGAGGUCCUCCAGGAGCCAGAGACACACAGAAGAUGCUAGGAGAUCGGCUCCGAAAGUCAAGUUCUCUAAAACUAUUACCGAGUUUCCAGACUACAGUCGCUAUGACAACCCGACAGAGAUCAAAUCAGUAUCAAGCCCAGGUCAAAGUCCAUCCCAUAGUCACCAUGGCAAGUUGGACGGGGACUCGCUGAGGGUCAAAGGUGAAAGCUCGGAACACAAUUCUAGGAAAUCAUCAGAAAAAUAAUUAUUAUUAGCAUAGCACAAACUGUUCAUUAUUUUUAUUGCAUUGUUUUUAUACUCAAGAUUUGUAUGUUACUAAUGAUAUAGUGUCAUUUGCCAUAUGCACAGUGUGUAA